UCUGCGUGCGUGCGUGCGUGCGUGUGUGUGUGCGUGCGUGCGUGCGUGCGUGCGCGUGCGUUCGUGCCCGUGCAGCCUUUGCCCCGCGUGUUUAUUUAUCUGUCGGCGAAAGCCUCUAAAUGAGGCCGUUUUAAACGCGCUGCGCUGCCGUGCCCGAGCGGACGAAUGUAGCCUUCAACGCGGAGGAGAGAGGAGCUAGAGACCAAAUACAAACAGAUCAAACCAAAUACAGAAAUCCAAAUAAGACUUUCUAACUCUUUUUUUUUUUUUACACACUGUCAUCAUUUAUCGUGCUCUUUUAUAAAGCGAAUACCAAAGCUACAGAAGCCCGGUCGGGGAUGCUACAGGAGGAGGCUACAGCGACUGUUCUCAUGCCUCUUUCACACCUACAGGAAACAUUAGUGGCGAGGAGUGAGUAGGAUGAAAUAAGCCCCCGGGCCUCUGUGUUUACUCCAAGAGAAAAGCUUUAGCUGUGCAACAAACGACGGAAAGGGCGACAGGGAGACACUCAGCCUUUUAUUAUAAACCCACGACAAUAGGGCCCGUCGUUGUAUCACAACUUUCCCCGCAGCCGGUGCGAAGUGAGCUCGGAUCUUCUCCCCCUCCGUCCGUCUGUGUGUUCGUCUGGACUGUGGGACAACUGCUGCACUCGAGGGGACCUUCCCACAUGUAUGUUCUAUGCACAUCUACACCAAAACUAAUGCCGGCCACCAGUCGACAUCCACAAACGUAAAUAAAAAGGCGCAGCUGGGCUUACAUGCGCGCACACACCCAGCGGCUGCGAGCUCUCCGUACCAAAUAUUUCCCCGAAGCUGUCUGCCAGAGAGACGGACGAAGACGCGGAAGCUGCCAGAACAAGACAGAGCUUAUUACAGCACUUCUGUACAAAAAAAAAACAUAUAUUUGCCAUCAAAACCUGAAGCCGGAGGAAGACAAUGUUUGUUCCCUUGCCGGUGCCGUUCGUGUUUCAGAGAACUGCCCCUGACCUCAGCGCCUGGCGUCUCAAGUCCCCUCUGGCUCUGCGCUCCAACUCCGAUAUCAGGAUGUCAAAGCCAGUAGAAAUCGAGAAAAUAGGGGCUGACUCACCGAUGGAGGGUACAGAUUCAGAGCGGAAUGGACCUGAAUCAAAUCACCAGGCUCAGUCAAUGAAAGUCAAUCCCUUUCCCCUUUCACCGUCCCCGAGCAGCAACAAGAAUAAGAUGGAGGAGUGCGGUGAGAUGUCCCCGGCCCUUCCUCUCUCUCACGGCCCGACCCCUUCACAGACGGCCCUGCAACAUACACAGCUCAUGCUGACCAGCUCCCAACUAGCAGGGUUGACGGCUCUGUUGCCAGCACAGCAGCAGAUGUUGCUGCAGCAGGCUCAGGCGCAGCUCCUGGCUGCAGCUGUGCAGCAGUCCAGUGCAGCCCACGCCGCUCACGCUGCCCACGCAGCCGCCCAAGCCAAUCAGCAAGCUCAGGCAGCAGCAAAUCAGCAAGCCCAGCAGCAGCAUCAGCAGGCGGGACAAACGGGUCAGCAGGCCCAGUCGCAGUCCCAGGGACAGGGACAGAGCACACAAGAGCAGACCGCUCAGAGUGCCCCCGUCCAGCCUCCUCCACCCCAGCUUACCCUCUCCCAGCCGAUCCAGCUCACCGCCCAGGACAUCCAGCAGCUGCUGCAGCUUCAGCAGUUGGUGUUGGUACCCGGCCACUCGCUGCCGCCCUCCGCCCAGUUCCUCCUCCCACAGACACAGCAGGGCCAGCAAGGACUCUUAUCGACACCAAAUCUCAUUUCGCUACCUCAGCAAAACCAAGGGGGCCUGCUGUCUGCUUCAAAUAGGAUGGGACUCCAAGCACAUCGAGAUAAGUGCGUGGAGGUGAGCGGUGUGACCACGGUGCCCUCGGUUACCUCUCACCCCGAGGAGCCAAGUGACCUGGAGGAGCUGGAACAGUUCGCCCGCACUUUCAAACAGAGACGCAUCAAACUGGGCUUCACACAGGGAGAUGUUGGUCUGGCCAUGGGGAAGCUGUAUGGCAACGACUUCAGUCAGACCACAAUCUCUCGCUUCGAAGCCCUCAACCUGAGCUUUAAGAACAUGUGCAAGCUGAAGCCACUGCUGGAGAAGUGGCUGAACGAUGCAGAGACCAUGUCCAUAGACUGUACCUUGCCCAGCCCCAGCUCCCUGUCCUCUUCCUCCAUGGGCUUUGACGGGCUUCCUGGUCGCCGCAGAAAGAAGAGAACCAGCAUCGAAACGAAUGUACGCGUCGCCCUAGAACGCGCAUUCAUGACGAACCAGAAGCCUACCUCAGAGGAGAUCCUGCUGAUCGCAGAGCAGCUCAACAUGGAGAAGGAGGUGAUCCGAGUCUGGUUCUGCAACCGCCGGCAGAAAGAGAAACGCAUCAACCCCUCCAGUGCCACCCCUCCCCUGCCCAGCCAGCCCCCCACUGCCCAACCAGCGCACAAACCGCCCUGCUACAGCCCUCACAUGAUGUCCAGCCAGCUGUCGCAGGCCGUGACCAGUCUCAGCACAACGGUGACCACCAUGUCGCCUGUCUGCCCCCUGACUUCCAGCCUCACCUCCACCCACCCCUCCCUCAGCUCCGCACCAUCCCCGGUGACGCCUCCGCCUCCCCGCAGCACGGCCAGCCCAGCCACUCCCAGCCACAGCACACUCAACCUCAACACAGGCUUAUGGCGUAUGGGUAAAAAGAACGGUGACGUGUCUAACUACAUCACCGAUUUUGCUGCAAACUUGAGGAACACUGUGAUGGGAGUUAACACAGGGAUGAACCAAGCCCUCCUCGGUAACAAUCCCCUGGCUACUAUCCAAGCCCUAGCAGCCAGUGGUGGCCAGCUGCCUCUUUCCAGUCUUGAGGGGGCCAGUAAGAUGAUACUGGGGACCUCUGGGGGCCAGGGAGGGUGCCUCGCCUCCUCCCUCUUCCUCAACCACCCCGCCUUCCUCCACAUGGGCCAGAACCCCGGUGCUGGACUGAUCAGCGCUGCCCUGGCCAAAGCCUCCCAGGCGUCCCACUUCCCCUCUGCUAGCAGCAUAAGCCCCACACCCUGCUCCCCCUCCCCCUGCUCUAGCCCCGCCUCUUCCUGCUCCUCCAGCGAAAUGGCACACAGCCCACCCUCUCUGGGCGGAGCCAAGAUUGAGUGACCGCGCAAAGGGCCAAUCAGAGAGGAGGAGGAGGAAGGAGGAAACAAGAACCUCGCCUUUCACACCAAAGCUAUCUCUUUCUCUCUCUUGCGCCCUUCUUCCGUUAUUUUUUUUCGCUCUGGCUCUCUCUCUCUCUUUCUCUCCCAGUCUUUCGAUGCCAAAAAUACACAGAAUGAAAGAGGAGAGAGGGAGAGAAAGAAGUGAAAGAGGGAAGAAGGGCGUUGGGGGGGAAGGGGAAGAUUGAAACCAAAAAUCUUUAUCUAUCCAAAUAGAUGGAGAGGAGGCAACGUGGGACCUUUUUAUCAAUAACCCGUGAUAUCUAAAUGGCAUCGCUCCAUUCCGUCUCUCUAAAGGAAAACAUGCCAAUGACUCUUUAGCAAAGACACGGAAGAGAAACAUGUUGAAGUGCAUAAACCAAAAAUGACAAAAGAUAACUUUAUUAUGUGACAGAGGAAUGGCAGCAAGGACAAAGAAAAUGGAGAGAACUGUGCUUACGUUUUCUCUUUUUUAAAAAUAUUUUGAAAAGCUGCGGGUCUGAAGGAAGAGGAAUCGAGAGGAUGAGUUUAAACCAAAAAUUUACACGAAGAGGAGGUGGAGGAGGAAUACACAAUGACAUAGAAAGAAAACGACAACCAUACCAAAAUCCCAAAUACCAAAAACCAAAAAUACGGAGUGAAAAGCUUUAUUCAAAGGACGUGUAAAUACUGAAGCUAUCCAGGACCAGGACUCUAUGGCUACUUAUACACACACACACACACACACACACACAAAGACAUCAAGAGCCAAUCCAUCCUGUCAUCGACUCAUCCCGUCUGUGUCAGCCCAUGUGUCUCUUAUAGCUUUUCAUGUUAAAAAUGUUUGUAAAAGAUUGUUACCAAACCAACCAGGAGCUUAUGUAUGAAUGAUUGACACUGUAUCUUCAUGUCUCUUUACCUACUUCUGGUUCUAAGAGCAUAGGAUCGCUCUCCUCUCCGCUUGUAAUUUAAUAAGUCAAUGACAGAGGCUUGUUAUUCAGUACUCGUUUUUUAAUUUUUUGAGAAGUAACGUUUGGAUUUUUUUUUUAAAUGAUCUAUUAGUAACAUUUUAUACUCCUAUUUAUUGUUGCAGAUUCUUUUUAGUGCUAGCUUCUGGGGCUCACUUCAUCUGCGUUGUCAUCAUUGUCUUCAUAAUAUGCAUUUUUGUCACCCAUUUCCAUUUUAUUUUAGUUUUUACGGUGACUGUUCUGCGAGAGCAGCGAUGACGUAGGUGAAAAAAUGUUUACCAAGUGCCAUGGAUCCAAAAUAGAGUUGGCAUGCAUGCAAGCUGAUUUCAAGUUUAUCAAGGCCUGAACAAGUAACAUAUUUUGCUAUUAAUCAGACCACUUUCCUCCCUGUUGUGGAUAACCCAUUAUCAGUGACUCCAUGGCUAAAUGAACAUACUAAAAAAUGGCGCGUGUUAAGAGUGGCAACCAUUUUGAAAGUAUGAAAUAGGGCUGUGAUUGGAGAUUUAAAGAAAUAACCGUUAAGUCUGAAGGCUAAAUAAGUCAAUAAAGCCAACUUUAGUCACAGCCGGCUCUCAUUCCUGCCUCUUCAAUCAGCAUAGAUGCCCCAACACCUGCCUGUCUAGACAUGUUUACUGAUAUUUGUCUGUUUCCAUCAUCACUCCAUUGAUCACAUUUCACUGUCAUUUUCCACCUCAGACUGACAUUAAUUCUCAAAUGGAAACCAAAGCAUUCUCGAGACUGGGAAACCUCAGCCAAGACAUAUGAUCACAAUAAAGACCCAGCGGGGCUCGGGACAGGACGCAAGCCCCCCCCGGUGUAAUACCCUCCACCUGGCCUGUCCAAAAGCCCGCGGGGGGAAGCUUUAUUUAGGGAACUGAUCCUUUACUCCAAACCCCCAGAGAGAAGGGCACAUUGGGACAGGGCGAAAGAGGGACACACUGUAGUGAGGGGAGCCGGCUUACCAUUUUUUUUUUUUUGUAAGAGGAUACCAAAAAUAAACCCAAACCAAAAAAAAAAAACACAACCCAAGGAAUGACAGAAGCAAACCAAAAAGAACCCUAACCGAAUGUGGCUGGAGAGAGGAGGGGAGGAGGACAGAAUGCAGGUGUCGAGAGACGUGAAGCCGUCUGUCUAUCUGUCAGCUUUAGGGCUGCAGCAUAGGCCCCACUCUGAAACUGUGUAGCAUGGAAGGAGAGACGGAUAGACAGGCGGACAGAAGAAGGACAGACAAUUCCUCCCCUCCUCUGCCUCUCACUCUCUCCAGCUCAGCCCUCUGGUCCUGGAUGGAGCUAAACGCAAAUGACCUCACUGAACUGAAAUCUUCUAUAAAAAAAAAAAAAGUCUGUUUUUAUUUUUCUGUUGGUUGGUUCUGUUUUAUCUCUGCUGUGUCUCUUGAUGCCGUUUUAUGUACUGUACUUUAGUGCUUAUUACUCAUUUGGAAUAACGUACUCGCUUACUUACUACAAGAGCUCCUUAUUUUUUUCGUAGUCGUGCUAGAGAUUUUUAUCAGGUGGUUGGAAAAAAUACUGUGAAAAUUUAGCUUCCAGAUUUUUAUUAGAUAAAGAAACAGACUGUCUUGGCAGAACAAAAAGACACACAAAAAGCCAAAAACAAAGUGUUGCAACCUUAAAAAUGCCAAACCAAAUACUGAACCAAACCAAACACAGUAGAGCGGAAUGGGAACGGCCUUUUCUGCAUGAGGGCACAGAAAGGGGUCAAUUUGUCAAAGGUGAAACUGUGCGUCUGAACAUUACACAAGUGUGAUUGUGAUGCCGAGUGGUUCAAAAAAAUGAAACGCGUCUGCCGUGAUGUCUCGUCAUUCAUUUUGACCCCGUAGAUGGCAUAAUACACACCUUGGAGGCAGAAUAACGCAGACAGUAGCAGCCUCGGGCAAGUUGACCUUUUGAGAGUUGGACUUCAACGUAUCCAAAGAACUUUUGGUUUGACCCACACCAGAAAACAGUCGACAGGCGAGAAUCGUUUCAUGAACCAAACUUUAGAUGUGGGGUUUGCACCUUAAAGGUGAAACCUUUUCUCCACAUUGACUCUUAGACGGAAUGUAUCUGUUAGUGCUUCUAUAGAUUUUGUAGAAAAAAAGAUCUAUGUUCUACUGCUUACUUAUUGCUAAUGUAUUAAAAAAGAAAAAAAAACUUACAAAAAAGACUGAGAAAAAAAAAAGAUCCUAAAAACAUUGAUGACGAUAACUUGAUUUUAGACCAAAAAUUGUAACUAUCUCUCUUUGGAUUUUUUUUAUUUUUCAUUAUUAAUGACAAUUUAGACUUUUGAUUGUACUAUUUAUUCAGGGUAGGGUUGAUUUAAUUGCUUAUCUUUUUUUGCCUUGCUAUUUAUUUUCUAAUUUAUUUCUAGCAGUUUUUUGUACCGGGCUGUAUUUGUGCUGUAUUUGUUUUUGCCCCUGCUGUAGUUCUUUCUUACUUCUUUAAACCAAAUAACACCAUAAAUGCAACCACGGGUCCUGUAGGGACUGGAUAAGGGAAUAUGGCCGAUAUUACGAUAUUCUCCUCCUCACUGAGACAACUCUCCUCUUAAAGGGGAGGGGAAGCUCACGAUAUUGAGAGGCAGCACUGUGUGGAUAAACACCUCAGCGUUUGCAAGACUUUUCAAGGGAAAACAAAGAAUUUGGCAGGCACUCUGAACACAUGCCUUUGUUGCUCCUGAUGAUAAGAAGAAAAAAGUUGUGGCAAGUUGAGACUCUGUUCCAAUGGAGAACGCAUAAAUAUAGUUUAUGUGUGAGAUACCGCCUGAGUUACAGCAUGAGGUGCUCUUUGAGACGCGGUGCUGCUUCAGCUCUCGAUAUUUUUCACUCUGAAAGCUUUACAGCUACACAACCAAAUACACAAAAGAAGAAGAUCGACUGGGACAACGCUUUUUACAUGAUGGGGAGCAAAGAAGGAGACCAGAGAGAAGAGAAGGGGCGAUUUUGGAUUUCCAGUCGUAAAUAGCCUGCGUACCUCUCACAUUGUCUCGGUCUCUUUUUCAGUUUUCGGUUUCACUUUUCUAGAAGUUGGUUUCAACGUUUUUUCUUCAUCCACUGUAGGAUGUAAAAGAGAGAUAGUUCAUCAUAUACCUCAUAUUCUUUGAUGAAAAACCAAAUAGAUGAAUGCUUUAAAAUGCGGGGCUCGAGUGGGGAUCGGGGUAACGGGAUGUGAACUGUGUGUUUUUGUGGCCGUGAGCAGACGCAGUAAGGCCGGGUCAAAGGUCAAAGGCUGUUGUCCUAAUCCAGGUUAACGCAGAGCUUUGGGAUUGAUCUGGGAAGUAACAGAUCAUUGAAUAGAUUUUUGUUGAACUGGAUUUAAGGUCAAAGGGCCAAACUUGUUUCAUGCUCUGGUCCACGCACACACACACACCUGGUCCCCCUAGAACCCCCCCCCCUCACUGUCUGUGUUGAGCUUUGAACACAGCCCUCUCCUCGUAUCUGACCCUCACUGCUUCCUCCCUGCCGCACACGGACUGUGGGCUUAAAGCUGCUCUUUGGCGCGGAUCAAGAAUCAAAUCUGGAUCCAUUUUUGGGCCUCGGAGCAACUUUGUCACCGAGGUCGGCGAGCCCCCUCUCACGCCUUUAGGCCUCCGUGGCCUGAUGAGGGGGGUACGGCGCCUAUUUGAUGUCCGUGGGUGUGUCGGGGAGCGCCGUAGGGCAGGUAACCGGGGAACGGCUGAGACCGGAGUUGCUAGGUGACGCAUCCAGACGCUGUGUUUUGAGACCUUGGAAGUUUGAAGGAGGGGCGUACCUGUGAUCAAACUCUAAGGGUUUGUGUUGUUGUUUGGCUCUCGGAGGAAAAGGAAGCAGAGCUCUGCUGCGUCCAACCACAGGGUUUCAGGGACCCGGUAAAGCGUAGAGGCCUCUGGUGGGGGAUACCCCCUUAGUGAAUGAUACCAAAGUCAAUGCCCUGCCAGGGGAUCCUUCACGUUGUACUCACUCCCUGAAAUCCUGAUGCUCACCUGAGUGCUCAGAAACCCCACCAUUUCCUCCAUUAGGCUUAAACGGCAGCAGAUUAUUCAAUAUUUCUCACAUGGUCUCUAUUCAGAGAUGUGCAUUCAUUUAUUCAUAAAAUGUGCUUUAAAGGAAUACCUUAACUUCUGGAGAAAUGUGUUGUUGUCAAUUGUCAUCCAGAGGGCUAGAUGAGACCAGGAAGUCCUUUUAGCAGUCUAGCACCAAUCUCCCCCACACAACCACAAAUUGGCAUUUUUACACUUGGACUUUUGUGCAAUGUGAAAAACCCUUUCAGUUUUAAAUAUUUGAGCUUCAGAGGUGCUGGUAUGCAGAUUUAGUCUUUUUUUGUUACUGCGUCUUUGUGAAUGAAUGUUCAACAACACAUUCAAAGCAAGCAGGAUGCACUGAAUUGUUCUUUUAUAGUUUGAGCUCCCAUUACUGCUAACUAAGAGCUGUACUAAGCUCAGUAUUGACUCACUGCGUAAUGCUGCUUCUUGUAAGGGCUUACUAAAAGACACUUAAAGUCACAUAAAAAAUUAACCUGUGAUGAUUCAGUUGCAAAUGAGUGUCUGUUAUUGAUCUUAAAAGGUGAGCUUGUAUAGGCAUAUUUGUCCUGAAAGUAAGACAGAACAUGGCCCUGUAAUGGAGACAGUCAGAACAUCAGCAUUAGGAACGCUGAUGCGUUUGCUCCCUGCUCCGUAUCUGAGCAGCGAUGCAUUCGCUUUGCUGAGAAAAUGUUUGGACGGAGCCGGGCUAGCUGUACCCCCCGUGCCCAGUCUUUAUGCAAAGCUAAGCUAAGCUAAGCUAACCAGUGUUCAGGUGUAGCUUCAUAUUUCCCGCACAGAUAAUCUUCUCAUCUGCAAGAAAGCCCAAAAAUUGUCAAACUAUUCCUUUAAAAUGCAAGAAUCAAAACUUGAACUUGAUUGCAAUCACGUUAAGAUCAGAAAAAGGAGACACGGCGAGUAGAACAAAGAGAACAACAACAAACCCAAGCUGCUUCUUCCUCCUCCACCCACUCUCAUCCACACCAGUCACGCUCUUCUUCUCUUCCAUCCUGUUCUUCUUCCUCUCUCUCUCUCUCUCUCUCUCUCUCUCUUCUAUGACAUAGCUUUAGUCCAAAGGUUUCUCCAGCAAAACAGCAAAGCAAGUAAGAUGUUAUAGAAUAAAACCAAAGAGCUCUAACUUGACCUUCUUCUCAUCACAAGGCCUCCACUGCAUCCUUCGCCUCUCUCUAUACAUCCAUCCCUUCCCUUUUGCUCUCCUUUAACUCCUCCGUCACCUAGCGAGCCGGUCUUUAAAGCCUUAACCUCAACUAUCCGAAGGGGAAUAAUAAUAAUAAUGAUGAUAAUUAAGAUGAUGAUGAAAUGUAUAUUUUUAAGUAUUUGUCAUUGGAAAAAUAAUCUUCUCAUAAUUAUGAUGAUCAUGACGAUGACUACAAUGAUGAUGAUGAUGAUAAUGAAGUUUCUCUUGGUAUCUCUGUAGCUGUUCCGAUCCUUCUUAAGUUCUUGUCUUUUCUGCGCGUGCUGCCAGAGAGUAACGCUUAACUCCCAUCAGCCUCCCCACCCCUCCUCUCACACUCUCCCCCUUUUUCAUUUGUUUUACCCAAUGUUUGGCCCUACCGUCUCCCUGUCAGACCUUUACCCCUGGAUGUUUGCCUGUGUGUGUGUGUGUGUGUGUGUGUGUGUGUGUGUGUGUGUGUGUGUGUGUGUGUGUGUGUGUGUGUGUGCGCGUGUGAGGAAGAGUUAGCUGUCAAACAUUGACAAAGUUCAAGGUUUUUCUCUAGAAGAGCUUUCUUGUUGUUGUGUGUGGGGGGGAUGCUUCAGUUCAUUGCUUUUCCACCCGUUUGCGGGCGCAUUCGUGUGUGAGCAGGUGGGGGUUGCUGGAAAGCGGGACAGGUGUGGUUAGCUGCAGUAAUUUGCAAAAAAGACAAAAAGAUUCCCUGUUCUUUAGAGAACAACAAGCCCCCACAAAGGCUCUUUAUUGUCGACUGUAACGUACAGUUUUCCAACUUCCUAAUAAGCGUGUCUUUAAUUCCCCUGGUGACAACAGUUGGUGUGUGUGUGUGUGUGUGUGUGUGUGUGUGUGUGUGUGUGGGCAGGUAUGGUUGCAACCCCCAGUCCCGAUUUCCCUUUCUGUACCACCCCUCCCCUCUUCUUUUCCCUUGUGGUAGCAAGUUAGCCCUUUAGUGUAUUUAUCUUGAAAACCAAAAAAAAAAAGAAAAACAACUCUACUUGUUCAUUGUACAGUGUUGUUCAUUUUAAGUCAUUUUUGUAACUGAAAGUGUUUCAUUCAUCCAAAUAAAACAGGAGACAAAAACUGUACAGAUGAUCCCCA